GGUCCUACUCAGCUACCAUCAUCAUCAUCCCCCUUGCUUGACCUGGUCGAUCGAUCGCCUCCUACCACGCUACCACAUGGUAGACCUACUACAUAUACGCCUCACUGGUCUUAUUUGGCUAGCUCUAGAACAAGGCUUGACCAGUCCUCCGAGAAAUCAACGGGAGCAGCAGCCUACCUUGAGCUGAGGUUCUGCUGAUCGAUUUUGGCACGAAUGGCGCCCGGCAUUUGAAGCAGGAAUCGGAGACGAUUUGUAGUACUCUGCAUCUGGCGCACACCCGCUGGGUUUGACGGGACCAAGGAGCUUCACAUUCUCACCAAUGGCAGCCAUGACUGAAAAACGCGCCAAGUCGGCGGUAACUGGGACGCCUCCUCACCAUAGCAGCAGCGUCGGAACAAAGGCCAUCCCCAACUACCUCAGGCCAUCAACCGGCUCGUGCCAUGAUGCCUGCAAGCACGGCGGACACCACGAGUUCGAGGAGAAAGAGGCUGCAAAGCCCAAACCGAGACCUCGGAAGCAGCCAUCGGCUCCGGAUGAACAGAAGAGGAGGCUGAUGAAGGUGCGCUCGGUGUCGCGGAGGCGCGUCGGAGAUCUCAGCAGACCCACCAGGGACAGCACGGAGGCUGUCGGCGAGAUCGUGGAGUGGAAGGACAUUGUGGCCUACGAUGCAGUUCCAGUUCCAGCUGAUGGGAAGAAGAAGAGGGAUAUGAUGAAGGGGAAAAACCCAUGUGCCAAGACCACUGAACCGGAGGUUGGUGUGAAGAAGCAAACUGAAUCGCUGAACAAGAGGCUAGCUAAGACCGUCAGGUCGACCCUGACAGGGAAGACCUCGACGAACCCUCAGGCCGCUAAUGAAGCAAGAGCAAGCAAGGCUUCGCCUUCCGACAAGAGCAUGGCUGGAAAGAGCAGAAAGGCUCCCAAAGCGAACAACACUAGUACGACAUUGCCCGUCGAAAAGAAGGUUGUGCUUCUUCAAGAAACGGCCAAGGGCGAUGCAACUGCUAGUGUUAAACCAGGGAAAACACUCAAUCCUCCUGACCUACAAGAGCACGCUGCUGCUAUUGCUGAAUCUAGCAGGCCCAUCCCGGCGCACCGAAGGGCCAAGAGCAUGAGCAUCAGCAGCCGAUCGGUGCGUUUCCCGUUCAUGCGACAACCGAGCAAGAAGAACUCGGACACCUUCAAGCUGCGCUCCAAGAGCACCAAAGCACCAAUCCUUCCAUCUGAAGAAGAGAAGCCGCCGACACGGCUCAGGUUCAGAAAGGGGAGAGCAGCAGGCGAGGAAUCCAGCGGCGGCAUCCAACUCAGGCUCAGGAGCCUUCGGCGGCGAGGGAGCGGCGUCUCAGGUGGCGUGGCAGGCGCCGGUUUCGUCGUGCCAGAGGUGACGCUGAGGCACCAGAAGACGCUGGAGAAGAAGAAGAGCCGAAGGCUGUACAACAACCUGAUCGAGGAGACGGCGACCAAGCUCGCCAAGAACAAGAAGAGCAGGGUCAAGUCCUUGGUUGGGGCUUUCGAGACUCUCAUCUCCAAGAUCGGAAAGUAGGGUUCAGCAGGUGCAUUGCAGAGUUCGCAUCAAGGUUUUUUUUUUUUUACUUUUCUUCUUUAUCCUUGCAUUGGAUUGUUGGUUACCUGGCAUAAAUAGUCCUGAUGGAAUUGUGGACUUUUGCAAUCAGAAUCCAUUGAUGCUUUCGCAAAAGUUCAGAGUGAAUACCUGGACGCUUCUUGCCUCAGUCCGAGACUUUUAUGUUUCGGCUUGUUGAAUCAGACAUGGUUGAAAUGGUGACCUUCUGCAGAGGUGCAGAA